AUGGAAAAGACUCAAGUCGAUGCCACAAUUACAACAAGAUGUAGACUGCAGAUCGUACAUGAUGUAUGGGAAAAGCUAGACACAAAUUACCAAAAAAAGCUCCGCGAGAGCUGUUUUGGAUCUCUCCUUAGAUUAAGGGAUAUAAGGCUAGCUUCACAAAUUAUACAUCAAUUAUUAUUGAGGAAGUUGAAGACCGGAAAAAAAGAAGAAGUGUGGUUUAAAAUAGGAGGAAAACGGACAAGAUUUGGAUUGGAAGAAUUUGUUCUGGUGACGGGUUUCAUUGCUGGUAAUGAUGACAAUGUAGACGAGACAUUGGGGGCGGAAUGUCGGAUUUUGAAAGAAUAUUUCAAGAAAAGUGUAGGGAAGAUUACGAAGGGAGAUGCUUACAAUGCAUUUAUAUGUUGCAAGAAAAGAAAGAGCGAUAAGUAUAAAUUGGGAUUGGUCGUAAUCUUGGCGUACGUCUUGUGGGCUAAGGAGGAAAACACUUUCAUCGAAUUAUGGUGGUUGGACUUGGUAGAUGAUCUGGAUAGGUUUGAGAAGUAUCCAUGGGGAAAGUUUUCAUUUGAAUACACGAUGAAUGUAUUUAAACGUGAAAUGGGAGGUAAAUUGAAAAUUUUGGAUGUCAAAGGAGAGUCACGUUGUCGGUAUUCAUUGCACGGCUUUCCACUCGCUAUAAUGGUAUAA